GUCGGGGCGGAGCCUCGGACUGCGUCUAGGGUGGGGCUUGGAUCCAGUCCUCUAGAGUCCUGAGCAGUCCCUAGGAGUAAUCCAUGGCUCGACCGCGCGUGCUGCUGGUGGUCACCGCUGACGACUUUGGUUACUGCCCGCGGCGCGAUGAGGGCAUCGUAGAGGCCUUCCUGGCAGGGGCUGUGACCAGCGUGUCCCUGCUGGUCAACGGCACAGCCGCAGAGAGCGCGGCGGAGCUGGCCCGCAGGCACCAAAUCCCCACGGGCCUCCACGCCAACCUGUCCGAGGGCCGCCCCGUAGGCCCGGCCCGCCCCGGCGCCUCGUCGCUGCUCAGCCCCGAAGGCUUCUUCCUCGGCAAGAUGGGAUUUCGAGAGGCGAUGGCGGCCGGAGACGUAGCCUUGCCCCAGGUGCAGGAAGAGCUGGAGGCCCAGCUGAUACGCUUCCGAGAAUUACUGGGCAGGGACCCCACUCACGUGGACGGGCACCAGCACGUGCACGUGCUCCCAGGCGUGUGCCAGGUGUUCGCAGAGACGCUGCAGGCCAACGGGGUGCGCUUCACACGGUUGCCGGUGGAGCGCGGGGUGGACGGCUGCGCGUGGCUCGAGGCCCCCGCGCAAGCCUUCGCCUGUGCGGUGGAGCGCGACGCCCGGGCCGCUGUGGGCCCCUUCUCCCGCCACGGCCUACGGUGGACGGAUGCCUUCGUGGGCCUGAGCACCUGCGGUCGGCACAUGUCUGCUCACCGCGUAUCAGGAGCGCUAGCUCGGGCCCUGGAAGGCAUACCCACGGGCCACACCCUGACAGCUGAGCUGAUGGCACACCCUGGCUACCCUAGUGUGCCUCCGUCCGGGGGCUGCGGUGAGGGCCCCGAUGCCUUUUCCUGCUCUUGGGAGCGGCUGCAUGAGCUGCGUGUCCUCACCGCGCCCACACUUCGGGCCCGACUUGCACAGGAGGGAGUGCAGCUCUGCACACUCCACAGCCUAGACUCCAAGAGGCCUGGGGAAGCGGUCCUUGGAGAAGCCAGUCUGGAAACAUUCCUGGAGCCCUCCCCACCAUGCCCCUGACAGCCAGCCAAGCAUAAAUGUCCUUUAGUGCACAGUGUCAAGCCCUGGGACAGCCUAGAACGAGGCCGAGAGCAGGGAUCCAGUAACAUACUUCCCUGGGCAGGCCCCUGUCACCUCUGUGUCCAGGUCCUCAUGGCUCAGAAUGGCGGCCAAAGCUUUGGCAACCCAUCUUGGCUGCUGGCAGGUAGGCCCUGUGACAUCUGAGCCUGGGGCCUGCCAAAGCAUCUUCCUUGUUCAGAUAUGGUAGAGAGAGAGUGCUGUAUUAAUAAAAUGUAUGUCUUGUAAA